AUGUUCUUCUCUCGAAUCGCCGUUCUGGCGGCUUUGGCGAGCUAUGCGACCGCCCAAACGUCAACUGAAUGUAAUCCGAUGAAUACGACAUGUCCUGCGGAUCCCGCUCUCGGCACCACGUAUACAUGGAACUUCAACACGACGUUGGACGAGAAGAUUUGGAACAUGAAAACCGGAACCUAUGACUACAAUGAUGAGGGAGCCCAGUUCACUCUCAGAAAAGAGGGCGAGUCUACCCUCUUGCAAUCCAGAUUUUACAUUUUCUUCGGCAUUGUGGAAGCCCACGUCAAGAUGUCCCCGGGUCGAGGUAUGGUCAGCAGUGUCGUCUUGGAAUCCGACGACCUGGACGAGAUCGAUUGGGAGUGGGUGGGAACCAACACUAGCGAAGUGCAGUCCAACUUCUUUGGCAAAGGUAACACUACCUCCUACGAACGCGGUGGAAACCACUACGUGCCGAACGCCGACACCGAGUUCCACAACUACACCACAUACUGGAACCACGAUAAGCUCCAGUGGUGGAUCGACGGCGAAAUGGUUCGCGAACUUGACUAUAACGAGGAGCUCACGGUGUGGGGCAAAAACUACCCGCAGACCCCUUGUCAGGUCCAGUUCAGUAUCUGGCCCGCCGGUCAGAAAAAGGCCGAACAGGGAACUAUUGAUUGGGCUGGGGGCUUGGUUGAAUGGGAGAACGCUCCCUUCACUAUGACUCUUGGCAAGUUGCGAGUUGAGGAUUUCCACACCGGCAAAGAGUACGUCUACGGGGACUACUCUGGUUCCUGGGAGAGUAUCGAGGUCGUGAGCGGAAAUUCCACCACACUGGAGGAACUCAAUAAACCCGAGCCCAAGUCCCUGUCGGAGAAGUGGGAAGAGCUCGGCCAAGGAGCGCAUAUUGGAAUCUAUGCUGGCGCAGCCUCAGCCGUUGUGCUUGCCAUCAUAGGCUUCCUGUUCUUCUGCCUGCGCCAGCGCCGCAAGGGCCGUCUCGAAAACGCUUUGACCGAAGCCCCAGCCGGUGAAAACCGCAACGAGAUGCAGGCCUUCCAGAACGACUGGAGGCAGAGCGAGUGGAAGAACGGCGGUUACCAACAGGUCCACAACUAG